UAGCUAGCUUAAUCUCUAAGAACGUUACUACAAAUAAUUUCCAAGACAUUGCUCAAGAAAAGGCUUCCUAUUGUCGCGAAAAAGCAAAAGUUAAAAAUACUGAAAAAUCUACUAAAAACUGGAUGACAAAAUUUGAAGAAUUUCGUGCUAAUACUGGAUAUCUUGUUUCUUUAAUUGAUCUUAAUAACAACAUACUGGUAUAA